AAGACAUGCCUGGGGGAGGGGCAGAAAUCCCGUGGCUGUGACUGUCAGAAGGACAAAACACUUAAGUAACCCACUUCUUUCUCAUUUUGCUUUUUGCCAUUUCAGAAAAGGAAGAGGGCAAUCACCGCCCGCCGGCAGCAUCUCAAGAGUGUUAUGCUCCAGAUUGCUGCUGGUGAACUUGAAAAAGAAGCUGUAGCCAAAGAACAAGAAAAAGCCAACUACCUUGCAGAGCACUGUCCACCUCUGUCACUCCCAGGUUCCAUGCAAGAAUUGCAGGAAUUUUGCAAAAAGCUUCAUGCUAAGGUAGAGGAGGUUGAUGAGGAAAGAUAUGACACAGAGGUUAAGUUACAGAAAACUACUAAGGAGCUUGAAGAUUUGAGCCAGAAACUGUUUGACCUGAGGGGCAAGUUCAAGAGGCCACCUCUGAAGAGAGUCCGCAUGUCUGCAGACGCUAUGCUACGUGCCCUUCUGGGCUCCAAACACAAGGUCUGCAUGGAUCUUAGAGCUAACCUGAAGCAAGUCAAGAAGGAAGACACUGAAAAGGAGAAGGAUCUUCGUGACGUGGGUGACUGGAGGAAGAACAUUGAGGAGAAGUCUGGCAUGGAGGGCAGGAAGAAGAUGUUUGAAGGCGGCGAGUAAUAGGAACCAUGCAGCUGUCCAGUCCAAUCCUCAUCCCCCAUCCAAGUCCCAUUGCUCCUUUUCCACCUAUCCUGCCACCUCCUUUUCUGCCAGUCCUUUACAGCGCUGUUUUUGGGAUGACUUUCCUCAGGCCACAGUUGCAUUUCAUAGAGCAAUCCACCUUACAGACCCUACCCGCAGCCUGACCCCAUGUUAUUGCUGGAAAGACAAUUGUCUUGAGCUGUGAAAUGUCAAGUUAAAACCCAUUUUGCAACAAUGGUAGCUGCAUGACCUGAAACAAUCCAGUCAUUAAUCCUGUAAUUUGGUAGGACCUGUUGUUACAACUAAACUGAUGUAAAUAAAGCUUUGGAAGAGUG